AGCGAAUGCAAUAUUUGUACGACUACUCUACUCAUUGUACCAUUUUAAUGUGCAUGUAAAGUUCAGGCACUCAUUAUCUACAGCUUCUUAAGUUGCAACCAUGGACGCUGUGCAAUUUGACUCCCUUCUUUCUAAUACACUUUCAUAUUAGCAACUGAAACAAAGUGCAAACACUUUACGCUACCAUGUUUUACAUAGACGCCUUUACUGCUGUGUGCCCUGGCGGCUGUGGCCCCAAUGCCCAUUGUAUACAUGACGCGGAUGGCGCAAACGUGUGUGUCUGCAACCUCAUGUAUGCCCCCGAUCAUGGAAUUCCUCCCCCGACUGGAAGCUGUAGACUCAGCCCCGCUACGAUCACGGUGACUGUGACACUCAGUCUGGUGGUAUUGGCUCUUAUGCUCUGGUUAACGUACACUAUCUUGGUCGGUUCUCGGAGGAGAAUAAAAGAGAUGCGUCGUGCGGGAAAGAAGGACCGUAACGCUUCAUGAUUAGAAAGAGCAUACGGGGCUGUCUCGAAAUUGCACAGUUCAGUAGAACUUUUUACCGUUAUGACACAACUCCAUUCCUUUCCAGGAUAUCCCUAUUUCCAUAAAUACAACAGCAACUUUUGACAAAAUAUGUUGCAGACCAUUCGAAAUGGCUAUUUCCUUCAGUUGGCUGUACCUACGUUCGUAAAUGGCACCCGUGCAUACAUAUGCUUCUUAUAUUACUUUCAUAUCAAUCGAGGAAGAUGUACCUAUUUUUACACAUCCUUUGAUAACACAAAUGUUAUUAUUAUUUUCAUUUAAAACAGAAUGCUUACUUUUAUAAACCUUGCACCUUGAAUUUUGUUGCCAGAUUGUGAUUUCGAAUGUUGUGUACUCCAUGUUUGUGAUGGUCUAGCAUAUUGCUCACUUCUGUGUUCACCGCGAAACUUGCGCACCAGCAAGAAUUUCUUCACUUGUCCAAAGCUGAAUUUAGGGAUCAUGCUGCUUCACUUGUCACAUGCGACACACCGUGGAA